CUUUUCCUCUUGACCCCCACAUUCCGACCAUGAAGAUUCAGAAACGAUUCUACACAGGUAUACCCAUUCCCAUACGAGCACGAAACCUCCACACUGUCCCGUCCCCCUUGUCCUUCUUUGAUACUCCCCCUGCAUCCCCGCCCACAACCCCGAGGAAUGCAAAUAUCGUCCGGUUCGCUGCUGAGAGCAAGGGUCUAGGAAGUGCUCUGUGUGCAUUCGAUGUCGCGAGGCGUGGCUGGGAAGGGCAGUAUGCUGUCGGUGUCGAUAUAAGGGUGGGGCGACGAGAAGGCAAGAGCCGGGAGCGUAAGGGGAGGAAGCUCAUUUUGGACGUGGGCGGGUAUGGCAUACCAAAACGGUGUAUGACGGGCAGCGUAGGCGGGAAGGCGGUCAUGGUCGGCGAGGAUGCCUUUUUCGUCAGGAGGAACGCGAUGGGUGUCGCCGAUGGUGUCGGCGGCUGGGCAAGAGGUCAGACGAUGCCCGGCCCCACACCGUCUGCGUUGUUUGCCCAUCGAUUAAUGCAUUUCUGUUCCGAGGAGAUGGAACUCGAGCCGCCCAAGCCGAGCACAUUUAUUCCGUCCGUCAGUUUUGCGAGACGAGACCUGCAAGAGGAACUCGAGGAGGAAUUGGAAGAGCUCGAGGAGGGCAUAGACGUGCUAAUGAUACUCGAACGGGCCUACGAAAAAACGAUCAAGGCACAUGUAGAAAAGCAAGAGCAAUAUGCACCAUUUACACCCCCACCUCCUCCGAAUGCCCUCUCAUCUCCGUUGAUACCUCCAGAUCCGACACCCAAACCCCUGCUUGCAGGCUCAUCAACUGCCCUGCUAGCAGUGCUCGAUCACGUCAACAAUGGCGAGGCUGUCGUCAAGAUUGCCCACGUUGGCGACUGCAUGGGUAUGCUUGUCCGUGGCUCAGAGUGUGUUUGGAGGAGCGAGGAAAUGUGGUGGAGCUUUAAUACCCCCGUCCAGCUCGGACCCACGACGCCAGCACAACCGAGUACAACAGCUCAUGUGUUCACACUCCCUGUGCAAGAGGACGAUAUACUCAUCCUAGCAACCGACGGUCUCAGUGAUAACCUCUGGGACGAGGACAUUUUGGAUGAGGUAGCACGUUUCCGGAGCGGGUGGAGUGGGCAGGGCGAAGAGGGGCGUGAUAUGCUCGCAGCGGGCAUGUUGAGCGAGGCCCUCUGUUCGCGAGCGAAGCGGGUCGCCAAGGACUGCGAGGGCGAUACCCCGUUUGGGAGACGAGCGAAGGAGGAGGGCAGAAAGUGGAGAGGCGGGAAGAAUGAUGAUAUCAGUGUUGUGGUUGCUGUUAUUUCGAGGGCGGUUAAGCCUUCAUGAUAAAAUGUACCAGUAGACGAAAUGUUAUAUAAUUGAUGGGAGAAUCUAAUUGGCUGCGAGACACUC